GUUCAAGAACACAACAGAAAAGAAAACGAGAAACGAGAUGCCACUUAAGAAGAAAUGUAAAAGAGGACGUAACCUCAAGGCUGCUGAUCCUGCAUGCAGUUCCUUGUCUUAUUUUUCUCUAUCCACUGCUCCCCACUCUACCCCAUGUCAUAUCCCAUCUCCCUCUUCAUGCCCCACCCCAACCUUCACCAUCUCUGACUUUCCUCCUCUUCCGACCCAUGGGUCAUCUGUUUUCAGGCCCUGUGAGUCUCUUUCACAGUCUCUGCCUGUGUCGAGUUGUGAGACCAUGAUUUCACAUUCUCAUUCAAAGGCCAGUGAGACAAUGUUCACGCUGCCUCUAAAAUCUGUAAGGUGUGCGCCAAUACCACACUGUUCUGAUGGUGACUCUCACCAUGGAAUGAUACCUGAAACAAUACCUGAAACAAUACCUGAAACAAUAUCUGAAACAAUAUCUGAAACAAUAUCUGAAACAAUACCUGAAAUAAUACCUGAAUCUCCCUUGAAAGCAUUGCAAUCCUAUGCUAAAUGUGAUCUUAACAAUGUUGUGCUUUCAAAUACAGUGGCUGUAAGGCACACAAGAGGAUGUGUUCAAGGAUUGUUUCACCAAGGACAUCAAAUGUUUGGAGAAAAUGCAGAUUUUCAAUGUGUGAGAAACAGUUUAACAGCAAUGUUGAUGAAUAAACUGAAAAGUGUGUGCACAUGGAAAAGUAGCGACCUAGAUGAUAUUCUUGUUAAUGGAAACAAUAUGUAUAUGUCAUUGCAGAAAUGUGGUCAGAUUGUAGGCAAUAACAGUUUGUUGAUGAUCAGUGUUUUGCCCAAAUCAUAUGUGCUGCAUAAUGUCGGUUUCACAAUAAAUCAUGGGCAUGCAUUUUCUGGUAAAGUUGGACUACAUGAGUAUGAUCCAGGUUUGGUAAAUAUAUCUGUAAGCCUUUAUGAAGCCAUGCAGAGAAUCCUGCUAACAGAUGAGAGCUGUUUUUUGACAUUAACUCUAAGCACAUGUGCCAUUAUCAAAUAUGUUAAUGGUUUUGCAGUGUUUGAUUCUCAUUCACGGAGUUAUGAUGGGCUUGUUAGUUCAACAGGGAAAAGUGUUGUUUGUUUCUAUGAAACGUUUGAUGAUAUGUAUAAUCAGCACAUAAAUAAACUUGCAUUGUCAAUGAAUGCCUUUGGGAAACCAUUUGAGAAAAAGACCUACGCCCAAAUGGAAUAUGAAUUUGAGAAAAAGGGCAACAUGCAGCACAAUCAAAGAUGA